AUGGUGCAAGGUUCUCGACAAUGGCAUGAAAAGUUGCCUUUUGCUUUGUUGGGUUAUGGCACUACAGUACGUACGUCAGUAGGUGGCACCUCCUAUUCAUUGGUAUAUGGAACUGAGAUACUUAUACCUGCACAGGUUGAGAUUCCAUCCCUUUGGAUUGUCGUAGAGUCUGAAAUCGAUGAUGAUAAGUUGAUCAUAACACGGUUGGAGCAACUAAGCUUGAUUGAUGAGAAGCGAUUGACAUCAGUAUGUCAUGGACAAUUGUACCAGAAAAGAAUGGCACGAGCAUACAACAAAAAAGUGUGUCCCAGACGUUUUGAAGAGGGUCAAUCAGUAUUGAGACGCCUUCAUCCACACCAUGCCGAAGUCAAAGGCACAUUUUCUCCAAUUUGGAAAUGA